GCUAAAUGUGCAAUUCUGAGUUUGUGCCGAACAUGCAAAGAAGAAAUAGGUGUAUCAUGAUGUUUAUAGAGAUGAGGUUGGUGUCGUUGUGGGUAAUGUUGUUGGUUUUGGCUAGUAAGUGCUAUGGGUGUUUGGAGCAUGAGAGGGUUGCUCUUCUGCAACUAAAAGCUUAUUCCAUCAAACACAGCAAUGUCCUCCCAACGUGGGUGGAGGCUUGGGAGGGUGAAACGACGACUGACUGCUGUAAGUGGGAACGAGUCAAGUGCAACGCUACAACAGGGCGAGUGAUCCAACUCUCACUCAAUUCUGCAGAGAAUUAUUGGAACUUAAGAGAUUGGUAUCUGAAUGCCUCCAUGUUUCUUCCAUUUGAAGAACUUGAAAGUCUCGACUUAUCAAACAAUGGAUUAGCGGGUUGGCUUGAGAAUGAAGGUUUUGAGAAGUUGGGUGAAUUAACAUCUCUAAAGUCUCUAAAUCUAACUUCUAAUUAUUUGAAGGGAACUAUUCAUAUUAAUGAUCUUAAAGGUUUCAAUAACUUGGAGCAGCUUGAUAUUAGCGAUAAUCAGUUUGAUGGUUUCAUUACUCACUCAGAUUUUGAAAGACUAUUUGUGUUAGGCAAGUUGGAGCUACUUAGAUUGGGUUGGAAUUCAUUCGAUAAUAGCAUCCUACCAUCUCUUGGUGUGCUCUCAUCACUCAAAACUCUAUCCCUACAUUGGAACCGUUUGAAUGGAUCAAUUGAUAUAGGAGAAUUCUGCAAUAUGAACUUAAAGGAGCUGGAUUUGACUGAAAAUUUUAUAGAAGAUAUAAAAGGUUUUGAACGACUAUCUGUGUUAGACAAGCUGGAGCUACUUAGAUUGGAUUGGAAUUCAUUCAAUAAUAGCAUCCUAUCAUCUCUUGGUGUGCUCUCAUCACUCAAGACUUUAUCCUUAUCUGGAAACCGUUUGAAUGGAUCAAUUGAUAUAGGAGAAUUCCGCAAUAUGAACAACUUAGAGAAGCUGGAUUUGAGUUACAAUUCAAUAGAAGAUAUAAAAGGUUUUGAAAGACUACAUGUGUUAGGCAAGUUGGAGCUACUUGAUUUGAGCUACAAUUCAUUCAAUAAUGGAAUCAUACCAUCUCUUGGUGUUCUCUCAUCACUCAAGACUUUAAACUUACGGGGCAUCAAUUUGAAUGGAUCAAUUGAUAUAGGAGGUAAUUCUAAUAAUAAAACACUUCACAUGUUCACAACGAAACAAUCUUUCUAGCAUCAAAAUGAGUCGGUAAUCACAUGAACAAGUGCAC